AUGCUGCAGACCCGGCGCGACCUGACCCAGCAGGAGUACACCAAGCACAUUGACUUCCUGCACCAGCAGCUGGUGUCCUCCUGGGCGGCGGACCAGCGAGUCACCUCGCUGAAGAUCGCCAUCCAAAAUGCCAAGACCAUGACCAACACCGAGGUCCUGCAGUUCUACCCCUCGAAGUUUGUCCUGUCUACCGAGAUCCUGGACACCUUCGGCAAGCUGGUGUACGAGCGCAUCCUGGAGCGCAGUGGCCGGCCCUCGGUCGAUGCGCCCCCCUCCUCCGACCCGCAGGCCUUCGAGCGGAAUGAGUCGGCCAAGGAGAUGUGCAAGAAUUGGUUCUACAAGAUUGCCUCCAUCCGAGAGCUCAUUCCUCGCAUGUACAUUGAGAUGGCCCUGCUGGCAUGCUAUCGGUUCCUGUCGCUCACCGAGUACGACACGGCCCUCGAGCGCCUGGCCAAGAUGUGUCGCGGCAUCGGCGACCCGCUGAUCGCCGCCUACUGCCGGGCCUACAUCUGUCGCAAGGGCAUGGAGGUGUCGCCGAAGCUGCGCAAGCACCUGUACAUCGUCUUCGAGGACUUCUGCACCUCCUUCUCCCAGCUGACGCCGGACCGCCUGCAGCACAUCCUGCGCGAAUGUGAGCUUUCCUUCUCCGAGUACCUGGCCCUCUUUGUGCCGGCCCUCGAGUGGAUUCUCCAGUGCCUGUCUCACCGGUCUUCCGACGACACUCUCAACACCAUCCUCCACUGGUAUGAGCGCUGCAACAAUUCCCUGGUCCUGGAUGCGGUCAUGACCUCCUUCGAUCCGAAGUAUGUGUCGGACAAUGCGCUGCGCUUCGCCGAUCUCAUCAAGAAAGCCGACGGGCUUGGGUGCCCGCAGCAUCAACUCUACAUGUCCUUCGGCCUGAGUCUCGUCCUGUCGUACCCCGACAAGGCAGUUCUCCGGCGGAUUUUGCGCGACCACUGGAAGGUCAUUGUGCAGCUGGAGAACCCGGAUGACUUCCUCCGUUGCGCCGAUGUAUACAUCGAGAUCCCGGCCAAGCACUUUACCGCGGCCGAUGUGGACCAUCUGCUCGGGGACAUUGUCCGUCGUGUUGGCGAGUUGCCCACUUCGACGGUGUCCACUGGCGCCGGCAGCCCCGGGGCCAUUGCCGCGGCGGCGGCCGCCGCCGCCCCGAUCGUAUCUGGAGCUGCCUCCCCCACUGCCGGAGCCGCCGCCCCGAUCAGCACUCUGACCCUGGAGCAGGCCCUGCCCCGGCUACAGUCGAUCCUGGACAAGAUCCUGACGCAUCUCCGGAACUUCUCGGAUCUCUUCGAGAUGCGGCACUUCCUGCCGAUGGUGGAUCUUUUCCAGACGGACCUGGUCAUUCGCAAUGAGGUCUGCAAGAGCAUCCUCACGCGCUUUGCCUACCCGGGCUCCACGUCGCUCUUCGUGUCGGCCGUCGAUCGGUCCGAGGUCCUGGCCGAGGCGACCCAGCUCCUGACCGACCUGCCGCGCGUCAAUACCAUGAUGUACUUCGCCAAGUCCCUGCACGAUUCGGUCAACAUCAUGACCGUCGACGAUGAGCGCCGGCAGAUCACCGAGCUGAUCCUGGCCUUCGUUCGCCGUUGGCUGGUCAGCUACAUCGCCAAUGUGGCGUCCUUCCUGAUCGGUCUCCCCGGCAGCCCGGACCAGGGUCCCUUCUUCAUCCUCCGGCAGUUCCUUGAGGCGCUGGAGUCCUACCCCUGGAACAACACCUCCGACGGCAAGGCCUGGUGCUUCCUCUCCAUCAUGAAGGCCCUUUCGCACCUGCGCACCAACCGGUCCCGCUUCAACUACCUUGGUGUCAUCCCCAACAGCGUCCUCUAUGACAGCGAUGACCGGUACGAGGCCGAGGUGGAUAGUCUGCUGGACAUCAUCGCCGAGCAGGUGACCGCGCACUUGGCCGACUUGAAGCGCGAGGAUAGCUCCCAUGCGGCUGCCCGUCGGGCCACUCUUUCCCUGCACCUGUCGCACAUCCUCAACGAUUACUUCUCCUGCACCGAAGCCACCGGCGCCAUGGCCCUGUUGCAGAGCGCUCGGGCCAACCUUCGCGAGACCAGCUCUCAUCUGCCGACCAGUCUGCAUGCCCUUUUCCGCUCGGAUCCGUCGGUGGUUUCCUGA